AUGCAGCGAACACAGCUCGUGCUACCGCGACUGAUUCCGAAAUAUUCAGGCUACGCAGAUAGAAAAUCGGUUGCUGAUUUUCUUGACGAAUUGCGUGAAUACCAGGCGGUGUCUGAAAUGUCUGAGGUUGAACUUCUAUCACGCGUACUGCCGAUCGCCCUCACGGGAAGCGCCGCGACAUGGCGUCGGAGACAAUCACCCUUCUCGACGCUACAAGACUUUUCGGAGCAGUUCAAAAAUGAAUUUCUGCCUCCCGAUUACGGCGCGCGAAUGCUCGAUGAGCUUAGGGCGCGCACUCAGCACCGCGACGAGUCCCUAGUCGAGUUUGUUCGGGCGCUCCAAACUCUCUAUGACAGGGCUGACCCUAGUGCGUCCGACUCAGACAAAGUGUCGCGGGCUAUCCGGCAAAGCCACCCGCAGUUUCAUCCCUACCUGCGUGGGCGGGUGUUCCGGAGUUUGGACGAGUUGGCCCAAGCAGCCCACCAGAUCCAGGCGGACAUCCUGGCCGAACUAAGAUAUCGGCCUCCUCCACCGCCGGAGGCUUGCCUGGAACUGUCCUGCGCU